AUGGGUUGCUGUGGUUGUGGAAGUUGUGGUGGCUGCGGUGGCUGCUGCGGUGGCUGUGGUGGUGGCUGUGGUGGUGGCUGCGGUGGUGGCUGCGGUGGUGGCUGUGGUGGUGGCUGUGGCAGCUGCACCACCUGCAGGUGCUACCGGGUGGGCUGCUGCUCCAGCUGCUGCCCCUGCUGCCGCGGCUGCUGUGGGGGCUGCUGCAGUGCGCCAGUGAUCUGCUGCUGCCGCCGCACCUGCAGCUCGUGUGGCUGUGGCUAUGGGAAGGGCUGUUGCCAGCAGAAAUGCUGCUGCCAGAAGCAAUGCUGCUGCUAG